UAGCGGAUUGAGUUAGAUUCCGGAGGCUUGACCCGAUCAAUAAACCCCCCACCCCCCACUCCAGUUCAAUCGCCGGAGCAAAACUCCAAGUCCAACGAAGAAAUGCCUAAAUUUCUUUGCGAUGUCAGAGUCCUCCUCGUCGUUGCAGCAAUCGCAUUCAUCUAUCUUCAGUUGCGGCUUUUUGCUACCCAGUCCGAAUAUGCCGAACGCAUAGCUGCUGCAGUGGAGGCAGAAAACCAUUGUACCAGUCAAAUGCGAUCUCUGAUUGAUCAAAUAAGUAUGCAACAAGGACGAAUUGUGGCCCUUGAAGAACAGAAGAAACUUCAAGACCUAGAGUGUGGACAAUUGAGAACUCUAGUUCAAGAGCUUGAAAGGAAAGGCCUACAGAGACUGAUUGAUAAAGUACAGGAGCCUGUCGCAGCCGUUGUGAUCAUGGCAUGCAAUCGUGCUGAUUAUCUGGAGAGGACUAUUAAAUCUGUCUUGAAAUAUCAAAGCUCUGUUGCUUUAAAGUAUCCACUCUUUGUAUCCCAGGAUGGAGCAGAUCCAAGUGUUAGAAGUAAGGCCUUGAGUUAUGAUCAGCUAGCAUAUAUGCAGCACUUGGAUAACGAACCAGUGAAGACCGAAAGGCCAGGGGAAUUGAUUGCAUACUACAAGAUUGCACGUCAUUACAAAUGGGCACUGGAUGAGUUGUUCUACAAGAAUAAUUUCAGCCGAGUAAUCAUACUAGAAGAUGAUAUGGAAAUUGCCCCUGAUUUCUUUGACUACUUUGAGGCUACCGCAGCUCUCCUGGACAAUGAUAAGUCCAUUAUGGCUGUUUCUUCAUGGAAUGACAAUGGGCAAAAGCAGUUUGUGCAUGAUCCUUAUACACUUUAUCGAUCAGAUUUCUUUCCUGGACUCGGAUGGAUGCUGUCUAAAUCUAUAUGGGAUGAGUUAUCACCAAAGUGGCCAAAAGCUUACUGGGAUGAUUGGUUGAGGUUAAAAGAGAAUCACAAAGGUCGGCAGUUUAUUCGUCCAGAAGUAUGCAGAACAUAUAAUUUUGGUGAGCAUGGUUCUAGUUUCGGGCAAUUUUUCAAACAGUAUCUUGAACCAAUUAAACUGAAUGAUGUCAGAGUUGAUUGGAAAUCAAUUGAUCUUAGCUUCCUGAGGGAGGACAAGUAUCCAAGGCACUUUGCUGAUAUGGUGAAAAAUGCUAAACCGGUUUAUGGGGCAGAUGUUGUUCUGAAGGCAUAUAAUAUAGAUGGUGAUGUGCGUAUUCAAUAUAGAGACCAGGCAGACUUUGAACGUAUUGCACGCCAGUUUGGCAUUUUUGAAGAAUGGAAGGAUGGUAUACCGAGAACAGCAUAUAAAGGAGUUGUAGUUUUUCGGUAUCAAACCCCGAGACGCAUAUUCCUUGUUGCUUCAGAUUCUCUCCGGUGGCUUGGGAUCGAUUGAACAUGGCUUUACACUGAUCAAGGUGAGGUGGAGUUGACAUGGAGAAUAUAUUAGAGUUGGGACAGAGCGGGUGCAGGUGCAGGCAGAAAAUUGUAGUUGAAGCACAGUCGCUAGUCCUAGCAACACGACAAGUAAUAUAGCAGGUAUAAGAGAGGACGAGGUGGCUGGCUUUGUCACAUGAAAUGAAACACCCACAAGUUAAUUUUAUGGAUGCCACAUCUUUGUGCCACAUAGUGAUUUUUAAGAUCCUGAUAAAAUGUAUGAUAAAUUAAGAUAUGAUUGAUUGCAUUGAGGCAGCAAAGCCCAUGACUUUGGUAGGUUUUGUUCUGUUUUAAUUUUUGGUUUCUUUGAUGGGAGACUUGCAAAAUGGGCAUGUCAUGCCAGUUCUUGAUGUAUGACAGCUUCUGACCAUACUACUUACACUUGAUUUUCAUCACAUUCAAAUUCUGUUUCCUCAA